AUGAUGUUAUCAAUAUUUGUUGCUGCUUUGCCCAUAUUCUUUUCCAGUUGCGUUUGCAAUGGAUCAGACACCUUAUUAUUCGGCCAAACUCUUUUCUUAAACCAGACAUUAGUAUCCAAAGGGGGCAUAUUUGAACUGGGAUUCUUCUCGCCACCAAAUUCCAACAACUAUUACUUGGGUAUAUGGUACAAAAGCAUUCCCAUUCAAACAGUUGUUUGGGUAUUUAAUAGAGAAACCCCUAUCCUUUUCUAUAACAAUAAACCACAGCUGCAAUUUCUAUCCGAUGACAGUUCUGUAUUAUGUCUGAACGUAGAAAAUACUCCUACUACUUUAAGAUGUGUUGGCGGAAGUUCAAAUAUUAGUGAGGCGGUGAUUCUCGACAGUGGCAACUUCGUGCUGAGAAAUGAUUCAGGCGGCGUUCUAUGGCAGAGCUUUGACUACCCCACCGACACCUGGCUUCCAGCUACGAAGCCUCUAUAUAUUACUCCACCUAUUACUUCUUGGAGGAAUUCAACUGAUCCUGCUUCAGGAAAUUACUCUUUUUAUGUAUUCCUAGGACUAGAAGACAGCAGAAGUCUGUCCGUGUGGGCAGAGAAAACUGUGGGAUGGGAGAGAGGGAUAUGUAGUACCAUCUCUGAUCACUCAGCUUUUAGCAACUCUCAUAUUCUUGCCCUUCACUCUACUGAUAUUGGUGAAUAUGAGCCUCUUUAUUUUUACAAUAAAUCAAUGCUACUGUCGAGGGUUGUUAUAGAGUAUGAUGGCCACCUCACGGGUUUCGCUUGGUCUGAGGCAAGGCAAGAUUGGAUUGUGGUGGCUUCCACCGCACAUCGCAGUUGUUGGUCGAACACUAUAUGUGAUGCACGAUACUCACCAGCUUGCAGAUGCUUGGAUGGGUUUGUACCACGGGAUCAACAUGAAUGGGAUUUAUCCGACUUUUCUAAUGGUUGUCACAGAAAGAUUAUACUACCACUUCAAUGUGACGAGCAUAAAAUCAGGUUUAUAAAGGUAACCGUAGGAAGAUUGCCUGCUAACCGUAAACAUUGGACAGCUUCAAACGAUUUAUGCAGAUUAGCAUGCUCCAGAAAUUGCUCCUGCUCUGCUUAUGCCUACGAUACUGGAGGAGCGUGUUUGUGGUAUACGGGUGACUUGUUGGCUUUGGAAACCCCAUCAAAUACGUCUGCGGGGGUCGAUAUUUAUAUCAGAACAGAAUCAUCUCAUAAUGCACACACUAGAACACUACUUAUUGUGGCUCUAACUGCGUCCAUUGCUUCUGUGCUAAUUAUAUCAUGUUUGUGUUUCUGCUAUAUCUGGCCAAACCUCAAAACCAAAGAUUCAGAGAAAACAAAUCAGGAUCUAUUGCUACUAGAUUUGAAUAGUGAUGGUUCAUUUACAAACAAGGAGGGAGAAGCUGAAGAUGGUUGGCAUGAAUUGCCAAUCUUCAGUUUGGGAAGCAUAGCUGCAUCUACCAACAAUUUUUCCAUUACAAACAAGCUUGGACAAGGUGGUUUUGGACCUGUUUAUAAGGGAGAGUUGGCUAAUGGACAGUUUGUAGCUGUGAAAAGGCUCUCAAAGAGAUCAAGGCAGGGAUUGGAGGAAUUCAGAAAUGAGAUGCAACUGAUUGCCAAACUGCAGCACAGAAAUCUUGUCCGCAUUUUAGGAUGCUGCGAUGAGAAAGAUGAGAUGAUACUUGUCUACGAGUACAUGCCCAAUAAAAGCUUGGACUGUUUCCUCUUUGAGCCGAGCCAGAAAGUGGUGGUACUUGAUUGGAAUAAACGCAUUCAUAUAAUCUCAGGCAUUGCUCAAGGGAUUCUAUAUCUCCACCAAUAUUCGCGGUUAAGAAUAGUGCAUAGAGAUUUGAAAGCUAGCAAUAUACUACUAGAUGCUGACAUGAAUCCCAAAAUCUCCGAUUUUGGGCUAGCUAGAAUAUUUGGAGGGAAUGAGUUGCAGGCGAAUACUAAACGGAUUGUUGGAACAUAUGGUUAUAUGUCACCAGAAUAUGCAAUGGAAGGGCUUUUCUCAGUGAAGUCUGAUGUGUUUGCGUUCGGAGUAUUGGUGCUGGAGAUUAUUAGUGGAAAGAAGAAUACUGGUUUCUAUGGCUCUGAGUAUCUAUGUCUUCUUAGAUAUGCGUGGGAUUUGUGGAAGAAAGGUUGUGUUGAUGAGCUGAUUGAUCCUACGUUAGAACUGCCCGAAUCUUGGUCAUCAGUUGCAAUGAGAUACGAGCAACAGAUAAAGUAG